AUGAAAAAACUGGAGGACCAAGCUGAGGCCGCCACCAAAGCCCAAAGUCUAGCCGAAGAAAAAGCCGAAUCUGCCGAGGCCAUUAAGAAGGUUGCUGAGGCCGAGGUAAAAAAGGCCCAAGCCGAAAAAGAGCUUCAGGAGGCCUUAGUUACCAAAGAUGCUGAGAUUAAGGAGGCUGACGAGAAGGCUUAUGCUCAAGGAAUGGCCAACGUCACUGAGGAGUACAAACUGCAAGUUAGGCAGGCUGAUGAUAUCCCUCUGCCAUUCCCUCCUCCUCCUCCUCCUCCUCCAAGUCAUCCUGAAGAAGAAUCCGAAUCUGAGUCUGAAGAUGUGGAGGGGGGUGAGGAGGAGGGUUUAAUAAGAAAAUCCAAGGAGGCUGUUGGGGCUAAGUCUCUUUCUCUGAAUGAGCAGGUUCUGGACCUGACUCAAGAUAAUGAUGACGAUGAAGAUAUCAAGGAGGCUACCCCGGAGCAGGGUUCAUCCGACAUUCCUCAAAUCGGCAAGAGUGUUGAUGAAACCCUUGCCGAGAUCGACGCCGAGAUUGCUGCAGAUGAGGAAGCCGAGGUAUCUGUUCAGGAGACUUCUGAGGUUCAGAUCCAGCCAGUUGCUGAUGCUGAAAAGUCUUAA